AACGAGAUGCAGUACCAUGUUCAGUUUCCGCUCAUUCUACACGGAGGGCUGUUCAAGAUCGCCACCCUGGACAUAAGCCUAGGGGCCUUGGGCUACCUCAGGUUUGGGACCACCCCCCAGGCAAGCAUCACCCUCAACUUCCCCAACUUCUGAGCAGACCUCCUCAUCACCCGGAGCCCUCUCUCGGAAGCAGUCAUGCCCGUGACAAAGAGUGCCGGGGGCCCCCAGGGAGCCGUUGACCUCAAACUGGACCUCAGGUACCCACCCAAAAGUGCCAAGAGGCUGCACAGCAAGGACUCCAGUUUCUGGGAUGGACACCCUUCCGAGUCGCCAGGCUUAGAGAAAACCACAGGCAUAACAGCAUUCCAGACCUUGGUUCACCUGGUAAAAGGCAACAUGGGCACAGGGAUCCUGGGACUUCCCCUGGCUGUGAAGAAUGCAGGCAUCCUGAUGGGCCCGCUCAGUUUGCUGGCAAUGGGCUUCAUCGCCUGCCACUGUAUGCACAUCCUGGUCAAGUGUGCCCGGCGCUUCUGCCACAGGCUUAACAAGCCCUUCAUGGACUAUGGGGACACAGUACUGCACGGACUGGAAGCCAGCCCCAGCGCCUGGCUCCGGAGCCAUGCCCACUGGGGAAGGCAUAUCGUGAGCUUCUUCCUUAUAGUCACCCAGCUGGGCUUCUGCUGUGUGUACGUUGUGUUUCUGGCUGAUAAUUUAAAACAGGUAGUGGAAGCAGUUAAUGGCACCACCAACAACUGCCAUUACAAUGAGACAGUGAUUCUGAUGCCCACCAUGGACUCUCGACUCUACAUGCUUGCCUUCCUGCCCUUCCUGGUGCUGCUGGUCCUCAUCCGGAACCUCAGGGUCUUGACCGUCUUCUCCAUGUUGGCCAACAUCAGCAUGCUGGUCAGCUUGAUCAUCAUCACCCAGUAUAUUGCCCAGGAAAUUCCAGACCCCAGCCGGUUGCCACUGGUAGCAAGUUGGAAGACCUAUCCUCUGUUCUUUGGAACAGCCAUUUUUUCAUUUGAAAGCAUUGGCGUGGUUCUUCCCCUGGAAAACAAGAUGAAGGAUGCCCGCCGCUUCCCAGCCAUCCUGUCUUUGGGAAUGUCCAUCAUCACUGCCCUGUACAUUGGCAUCGGGGCCCUGGGCUACCUGCGGUUUGGAAACAACAUCAAGGCCAGCAUAACCCUUAACCUACCCAACUGCUGGCUGUACCAGUCGGUCAAGCUCUUGUACAUCGUGGGUAUCCUGUGCACUUAUGCCCUGCAGUUCUACGUCCCUGCAGAAAUCAUCAUCCCCUUUGCCACCUCGCAGGUGUCAAAGCGCUGGGCACUGCCUCUGGACCUGUCCAUCCGCCUCGCCAUGGUCUGCCUGACAUGCACCUUGGCCAUCCUCGUCCCCCGCCUGGACCUGGUCCUCUCCCUGGUGGGGUCCGUGAGCAGCAGCGCCCUGGCCCUCAUCAUCCCGCCCCUCCUGGAGAUCACCACCUACUACUCGGAGGGCAUGAGCCCCCUCACCAUCGCCAAGGACGCCCUGAUCAGCAUCCUGGGCUUUGCAGGCUUUGUGGCAGGAACCUACCAGGCCCUGGACGAGCUGAUCCUCUCGGGAGGCCCUCUCACCUUUUCCAACUCUACCGUUUUUAUUCAGUGAGCAUGGCACUGUCCCAUACCCACCAGCGCCUGACUUUUACUGAUGUGGAUAUCUUUUAUAUGCACUAUCUUUAUUUUACCGCUUUAUCCUUGUUCUGGGCCAAGUCAUGGUGAAACAAGCAAGGACUCACUGGCUACAGGGUCUAGAUGGUAAUUUAAAAGUUCGGUUCUGUUAUUCCUUUUCUUUCCAUCUCUAGCUUUCCAUUAAGUCGAGAGCUUUCCCAUGGAAGGCUCUUGAUUCCAUCCAACUUUUGGGCAAUUCACGUCGCCUUGAGUGGUGCUAGGCACGAAGAAGCCACCAGGGGGAAACCAAGUGACAGCAAUUGGCAGAAGGACGUGCAGCUGGCUAAGGCUGACCCUGAUCUGGUAGACCAAGGGUUUCCCCUUUUCCAGAUCUGUUCAAUGAGCAAAGACUAGGGGACAGAACCUAUAAUCCAACAAGGUAUGCAUGGCUCCUG